CCCGGCGUUCACUUCAGCGAUAUUGUCUGUGAAGUCCAAAGAAGCAACAACCUUUGCUAAGAAGCUAGCUGGCUAGGGAUCGAGAUGGAGCUAGCGAGCAGUGGCUACUUUAGUUUCAUCCGCGUUUUCUCACCUUUUAGGAAAAAGACACAACACCUGGAUACGUUAAAAUAUACGGUUUUUGGGAUAUCGGGUUGAAAACAGUUAAUUGGUGGAGUUUAACGAGCUGCAACGAGGUAACUGACUGUAACAUUAGCUAACGCAGCUCUCGGCUUCAGUGCGCGAGGGGUCUUACAUAAAAACAACGUUUCAUCGGUUGUGCUUCACAGGUGAAGAGAAGAGCUGAAGGGUCUGUAGCUAAGAUAUUAUCCAUUUGUCCUGGAAUUCCAUACACUGUAAACUAUUUAAACCCCAAACAUGCCCCCUUUUGAGUUUCUCUAGUAAUUUAAGGGUAGGUUAGUAAGAUAUACCAAAUGGAAAUUAAGCUUCUUACUUGCUAAGCUGGGAGGAUGUUUACCUGUCGGCUCUCGACUAAAACAUUCAACUACAGCAGAAUGCGUUUCGUAUGAUUUCUGAAAAGUUUUAGUUUGUAGGCGGGAGGUAAAUCGGUAAAUGACACCGACCUUCCACCCCCACGAAGCCAUUGCCGGUGUUUGAUGGGAAAUCGCAUCCACUGCUGAUGUUAUUCCUGGAGAGGGCACAGUUGACUGUUUGUGGGACUUUAACACGGACCGGCAAUGUUACACACACGUCCUGUUUCAUCGGGGUUCAGGUUGUAUGACUCGGAAUUUGUCCUAACCUACUUCCAAUGGCCAGCAGUGAAAGUCGGGCACAAUCGCAGGUUGAGUUUGACACCAAGACUUUAAAUGAUACGUUAAAUGAUUUUUGAGUUGUGCGUUUCCCGGCCUCUGUGAACCUUUUCGCCGUCUAAACAUCUGAUUUCCCUUUAUGGAGAAGAAGAUGGAGACGGGAAUAAGGUCUCACCAGGGCGAGCUAUACGUCCACCCACUCUCCAACCCCGGGGCUGCGGGGAUCUGCCCCGAAAUGCUGGAGGUGGCAGAAGAAGCCAACCGGGCUGGGGACUUUAACCUGGCCGUGGAGAUCUACAGCUCCCAGCUCGCAGACCUCCAGCAGCCGGACAGGGGCUUGUGCCUGAGGAAGGCCGACUCUCUGGCCCGCGCUGGACGCAUAUCUGAGGCGCUGGACUCGUACUGCACAGCGGCCAGCAUCGGCAAGUUGCGCCCAGAGGAGCUUCCCCUCCUGGUGGAAACCAUCGCCCGGACUCUCCGUGAGAAAGAGCCGUACAUAACCGGGACUUUAAACGUGCACGUUAAAAGCAGUAGUGGGGAAGAUGCGAUAGAAAGUAACGGGGAGAGUGACGAUGAUGAAGCACUGGAUUUGUUUUCCUGUCGUCUCUGCAAGUGUCUGCUCCACGAGCCCACAACUGUGGAGUGCGGACACACUUUCUGCAAAUGCUGCUUGGACGACGACUCCGUCAACAGCUGUGUACAGUGCAAACAACAGUUGAACAAAAACGGCCUGAGGUUAAACGUUGUUCUCAGCGGACUGUUGGAUAAAUUAUUUGCCACUGAGAGUAAAGCCAGGAAGUUGUGGAUUGAAGGAGAGGUUUUGUGGAAAACGCAGAACCUGUCGGAUGCCUUGGAGAAGUAUGAUGCAGCAGUGGAUCUAGUGCCCUCUUCAGGCCGACUGCUGCAUCAGCGGGCUGAGCUGCACAUGGAGAUGAGGAACUUCAGGCAGGCAGUGCAAGAUGCCAACAGCCUCUGUAGGAUCAAACCUCUGUGGACAAAGGCCCACUAUCUGAAAGCCACAGCGCUGCGUAAAGCAGGUCGCAAUGAUGAGGCCCUGCAGGAGUACUUCAUGUGUGUUGCACUAAAACCUGACUGGACCAAAGUCAAACUGGAGGCUCAGAAGAUCCUUGGUGAGCUGUUUUCUUCUGUGUUCGAGAAUGAAGACAUACCUACGCCACUGUAUCCUCUGCAAGGGGGGUUGGCCACUCGCCUGAUCAAACCCCCCACCUUUCUCAGAUCCCUGAGUCCGCCCACACAGAGACCUGGCUCCUCCUCACAGGACUCAGAGCUCAGUGUGCGUAAAAGUGCUCCAAUUGAUGACCCGUCCUCCAGACUCUCAGUUCUGACUCCCACUAAAUCGGAUCCCGCUGCAGGGGAGGGCAGCACCAAGAGCCUGGCUGGUGUUCUGAAUGCACUGCCAGCACCCCCUGGUGGCCUUAAGAGGAAACACAGCAGCGAUGGACUCUUAGAAAAUUUCAACCCUCCCUUCAAACUGUACAGACCUGAUGAGGCGAGCACCUUCCAGGCAGCCACGAUGUGUGGAGGGAGGGUGGUUCCUUCUGAGCUGCUGGACAGUGGAGACCUGGAGUGUUCACUCUGCAUGAGAUUGUUCUAUGAACCCGUGGCCACACCCUGCGGACACACCUUCUGCCUCAAAUGCCUGGAGCGCUGCCUGGACCACAACCCCAACUGCCCCCUGUGCAAGGAGAAUCUGUCUGAGUAUCUGGCCACCAGAGGUUACAGCAAGACCCUGCUGAUGGAGGAAGUCCUGCUAUGUUACUUUGCAGUUGAGCUAGCAGAGCGGAGGAAAAUCCACGAAGAGGAGAUGAAGGAGCUGUCGAACUUGAACCAGGAAGUGCCCAUCUUUGUGUGCACAAUGGCCUUCCCCACCAUCCCCUGCCCACUGCACGUGUUUGAGCCUCGCUACCGCCUCAUGAUCCGCCGAUCCAUGGAAACCGGUACCAGGCAGUUCGGCAUGUGCAUAGCUGAUGAGCUCAAAGGUUUCGCCGACUAUGGCUGCAUGCUGCAGGUACGGGAUGUUAAGUUCUUUCCUGAUGGCCGCUCAGUGGUCGACACCAUCGGUGUGUCACGGUUCAAGGUCCUCAGCCACAGUCAGAGAGAUGGCUACAACACCGCCAAGAUAGAGUACCUGGAAGACAAGAAGGUGGAGGGAGAGGAGCUGGUGGAGCUUCUGAAGCUGCACGACUCUGUGUAUGAGCAGGCUAACAACUGGUUCACCUCGCUGAAAGACAACAUGAAGAGCCAGAUACUCAGCCACUUCGGCCACCUUCCCAGCAAAGACCCCAACCCACAGGUUGCCAGUCCCAGUGGUCCAGCCUGGAGCUGGUGGCUGCUUGCAGUCCUUCCACUGGAGAAUCGAGCCCAGCUCACCAUCCUGGCCAUGACCUCCCUCAAGGACCGCCUCAUCGCCAUCCGUAGGGUCCUCAUCUUUGUCACACGCAAAAGGCCUCGAUGAUUGGCCAACCUCUCUAGACUGGAAUCGCUCGGGCUUCUAUGCACCACUUGUUCUGUCAUUCAUCAGUUCUGUCGCUCAUCGACUUAUUUAUUUGUCCACUCUUACAUCACUUCAGUCUCUCAGACGCUCACAAACACCUUCCUGUCAGCACACACAUCAGUCCUGUUGAAGUGGGCCGGGGUGCUGUCAGUUCAUCCACCUAUUCACUCACCUGCGUCUUCUCAUUGGAUGAAUGAAUCUAUAACAUGUCUCUGAACAAGUGGGCUUUUACCUCUGGUUAUCUGUUGAAGCCCAGUUAAAACCAUUUGAGCUGAGCUGAUUCCAUUCAGGACUCCUCUGGGUUAUCGCCUGACUCUUAGCUAUGAAGGAACAAAAAACUGUUGGCACAAAAGCAGAGUGAGCAGGAAAGCAUCAGGCUCAAGAGGAAUUCAUUUUUCCUAUAUAUACUAAGCAGUAUUUCACAUAAGUCCAACAGUUGGCCUGCCACAGAGACGUCCACAGCUGUGACACUUUGUACCAGUCGAGAAGCAGAACAGAACUCGCCUGCUAAUUGUAUGAAACAGGAACAUUCGGCAUAACGGCAAUACAUGAAAGUGAAGGUACUGAUGUGGGUGUAGUAUGUGGAUGGGUUUUUUUUUUUUUUUGCUCCCCACUUCUGCUCCCUAAAGUGAGGUUGAGUCCGUGUGCCAACGUGCACAGACAACAGCUUCUCGCACUAAAUCUUCCUGACACGAGCCAAAAUCCAUGUGCAAAAAACGAGCUUUCUCCUUUGCUGCCACACCCGGCAGGGGACACGACCUCAGAUUGUGUGAUAGGAAGUACUGGGCUCCAUGUGUGUCUAGUCUACAACGUGUUGAGAUGGGAUUGUGAUGAUCCCCAUGCAUACACUAAAAUACCUCAGACUGCCGUGCAACUGUACAGCAACUUGCUCUGCUCGUUUCGAAAGGCGAUCAAGUGAGACUUAAAGUUGGGCUAUCGCACAAAGUCUAGUUGCAUUUAAUCAAAUGCAGAUGCAGAUGCAGCCUCCCAGAUGCAACUGAUCUGGAACUUUAUGCCCCAUUGUAGCAUAUCUCGGGGACGUCGCCUACAGGGGUUGUAUUUGUCUUUAUUUGUUCUCUUUCUGCUUUGUCCUUAAGUGUAUGUGUAUGGUGGAAUCUUAAUUUGGGUGAUUUACAUGUAUAUCAGUGUAACUCUGAGGCCUUUUCAAGUUUUAUUUGAGGAGUAUUUCACCCUUUGUCUCUCUCUCAGAACAUUUACAUGCACACUGUAAUACACUUACAGUUCUUGAAGCUUCCUUGUGGAGUUUUCUUGUAAACAGUUGUUUAUAUUCAGCACUCACCAAAACACUGCGUUUUCCUGACGCCCUGUCAAUCAUACUGAGUAAACUUCCUUUCUUGUAAAGCUGAUUUUAUUUUUUUAAGCUUCAAAUUUGGAUAGUUCCUUCUCUCUUCCCUUCCCCUAGUGGCGUGGUGUCGUAUGUCUUGGCGCUCAGCACGAACAACUGCUGAGCAUUAA